CAUGAUUGAAUAAAUUUGUCCCUUUCGAAUAAAUAAUUCUCGAUAAUCGUCGGCCGUUCUCCCCGUCGACCGUGCAACUUGCCGCCGGUGUACUGACAUUUUGAUAGCAUCACAGUCCGGUGGCAAUUGGAGCUCAGAAUUUCCUUCAGUGUAUGCAGAUACAUACAUGGAAGGGAAAAAAUGGUUAGAGGUGCUUAUUUUAACAUGCUUAUUUGCAUUUUCAACUGCUAGAGAACUCAAAGACAAAGCGAACCACAAGUAUCGAUCACCAGUUUACAAUCACACACUAGCCACUAUAUUGGUGGAAUAUGCUUCGGCAGUCUAUAUGAAUGAUGUGACAGAACUAUUUACUUGGACAUGCUCGAGAUGUGAUGGUUUAACCGAGGGGUUUCAAAUGAUAGAGCUGAUUGUUGAUGUGCAGCACUGUCUGCAGGCAUUUGUUGGAGUGGCUGAGAACCUUAAUGCCGUUGUUGUUGCAUUCAGAGGAACUCAGGAAAACAGUAUACAGAACUGGGUUCAAGACCUAUAUUGGAAGCAACUUGAUAUAAAUUAUCCUGGAAUGGAUGAUGCAAUGGUACACCAUGGUUUCUACUCUGCUUAUCACAAUACAAGUCUACGGCCUGAAGUGCUAAACUCUGUGAAAGAAGCACUAGAGUUAAAUGGAGAUUAUCAAAUUAUGGUGACAGGGCAUUCAAUGGGAGGAGCUAUGGCUGCUUUUUGUGGACUAGAUCUCACUGUCAAUUAUGGUUUUGAAAAUGUUCAAGUCUUGACAUUUGGACAACCUAGAAUUGGCAAUGCGGCUUUCGUUUCCUACUAUAGCCAGUUUGUGCCUAAUACUAUUCGUGUUACACAUGAUCAUGAUAUCGUUCCUCAUUUGCCCCCAUACUAUCACUACUUUCCUAAAAAGACGUAUCAUCAUUUCCCAAGAGAGGUCUGGCUGUAUAACAUUUGUCUGGGAAGUUUAGUUUAUCCAGUUGAGAAGGUUUGUGAUGGUUCCGGGGAAGACUCAAGUUGCAGCAGGUCAGUGUCGGGGAACAGCAUUUCAGAUCACCUGACAUACUAUGGUGUUCAACUAGGAUGCGAGGAAUCAGCAUCGUGUAAAUUCUUUAUGGAUCCUCGUGUUUCCUCUUACGGGACUCAAGAUCGUAAUGGAAAUAUUGUUUUACAUAGAGAUAUUUCUGCCUCUGUGUUAAUGAUGAACUCAAAAUCCACUAAACAGAGUGUAUCUUUGUAACUAUAGAUACAAAGUUGCCCUUAUGGAAAUUAGUUGUCUUUCUUUGAGGCAUGCAGUUUGAAAAUGUAUAAUAGCCUGUGAAUGAUGCUGCUGAGCCCAAACUGGAAAGCUUAUACUGUUCUUUGUAUAUGUACCACAACUUUUCACCAUGUAAAUAACAUUACUUUUUUACUGUCCCAUUAGUGUCAAAAA